AUUUGCUAAGAUCUAAACCAAAUCCACAGACUCCCACUGAAUCUUCUCUCGCUCCACCGCGAUGGAAAGAGAGGACGAAGAGUGGGAACUAUGCAACGACGACGGCUUCGUUUUCAAGCGAGAGAAGCGGAGCCGUAUCUCAAACCCCGGAGAAACAUCCAAUCCGGUGAAUCCGGAGCUAGAUCCCGCCGCCGAGGAGAGGAAUCGAAGGAUGCGGAAGAAGAGAACGCUGUCGAAGCUCAGACGCAAGUACCGGAGUGAGAUCCAGCAGUGGGAAGCUCUGUCGAACAGAUUCAACACCAUGCAAGAGAAAGCUGCUCAGUUUCAAACGUCGCAGAGAGAAGAAGAGAGGUUAAACGCUAACGAAGCGACGUCGUUUCACGAUGGUUCCUCUUCCGCGUCUAUUUACCUCGAUGAACUUCUCUCUGUGACGGAGGCACAAGAAGUGAUAAUCAAUGAUGUCUCGAACAUGUGCGAAGUUGCAGAGAACAUAACUAGAGUGGAAGAAGAAGAAGAGAGGCAGUUAUUAUUUGAUCUUGAUGUUUGGAGCUCACCGACGAAUCUAAUGGCGUCGCUUUGUGCUGAUUAAACACUUAGUUCUGAACCCUCUGCUCUGUACAUUCCUGUCUUGUGUUCGAACUGUAUUAACAAGAUGUGAAUAAACACAACAUCUGCAGCAUUAACUUACGAAUCACAUAGUGUUAUAUGUAUGUGUAACAAUGUAACAUGUUUCAAACAAUCUAAAGAUGUUGGAAGGUAGAAGAUUAUAUGGUUGAGACUAAUUCUUUUAAGA